CGUGACCCACCCAGUCGCAGGCAGCCAUCAUUCUAAGCACUUGUCUAGUUCACUGAUUUCGGUUUAUAUUUGGUUAUUUACUUUAUUUAUCAGCAGGUGCAAUAAGACAUCAACAUUUCUGAUGAGAGCAAUGAUUCCGAUGCGCUGCAGGGUCUGCAGCUGGAUAUGACCAGUGUGGCUGUCCCGGGGAUGGACUGCUACGAAGAUAUGUUCAAAGAAAUCACAAAAAAGUUGUACGGCGAAACAGAUAUGGAAGCUGGAGAAACCAUGAGGAUAAUGCAAGAGUAUGAUGGUGAAACUUUCAAACUAGAAGAAGGUCACAACUCUUUGAGUGCUUUUGGACUUGCAGCAUUGGUUCAGAAUGGUUUUCCAACAACAACGUUAUUCAGUUUAUCAGCACAACAGGAGUUAGAGAAGCUACGAGCAGAAGAAGACACUUGGAUUUCAAGUGAUGAGUCCAUACCAUGGACUGAUUCUAAGAUUGCUAGUUACAACUCAGCACAAAAACUGUUUAGAUGUAAUGAGUGUGAGUGUGUUGGGUUUCUCUCAAGAGUUGCUGAACAUUGGCUUGGAACUCACGCCAAUCUGAGAGUGUUUCAGUGCCCUCAGUGUCCUUACGCGAGUGCAUGGGCAAGAUGUGUCCGGAUGCAUCUUGCUCGACAACACAAUAUCUGUCCUGACCCAAACCAAGAGUCACUUACCUUGUGGAAAGAGAAUCCGGUACUUGAAGAAGUUACCAAAUACUUAGAGAGACUAAAAAAUCUAGUAGAAGGAGAGCCUAUGGAUCAAGCUAAAGAUGAAGGUGUUGAAGAAGAGACACACCAAAACGCCACUUCCACACAAACCUCAACACCACCUCCAACCUCGCCAGAUGAGCAACAGUUGUCUCCUCCAGUUCAUCCUGACCACGAUGAACAAGACUUGCAAGAUCAGGAAAUGCAACAUGAACUCCAUCAGCAGGAGUUACAUCAACAGGAGCUACAUCAACAAGAGCUACAACAAGAACUACAUCAACAAGAACUCCAUCAACAAGAACUCCAUCAACAGGAGCUUCAUCAACAAGAGCUCCAUCAGCAAGAGCUCCAUCAACAAGAACUUCACCAGCAGGAACUACAUCAGCAAGAACUACAUCAACAAGAGCUACACCAACAAGAACUGCACCAACAAGAACUCCAUGAACAGGAACUCCGACAGCAAGAGCUUGAACAUGAACUUCAACAGCAGGAGCUCCAGGAAAUGGACCAACAAGAAUUGCAGCAGCAGGAGUUGCAAGCCCAGGAGGGUCAAAUCACACAUGUUAUCGAAGAACAUAUCCAAGUUCCAGAAGAAGUGGCCAAUCAGUUACAACAAAUUGCAGCAGCACAACAUGGAGAAACUGGAAUACAUCCUCAGCUGCAAAUUGUCAUCACUCAACAAGAAAACCAAGAUCUACCCCCAACAAUACAAAUACAAAUCGCUCCAUCUCAAGAGCUUUCUCCUCAUUUAGUUUCUACAUCUCAGCAGACUAUACCUCUCCAACAAGCAUUAUCUCAAACAUUAGCUUCUACAUUAUCACAACAAGUUAUAUCACAAACCCAAACUGUUACACAUCAACCUAUUACGCAACAAAUUGUCGUCCAGCAACCACAAGUAGUUCAGACUACAAUAUCCCGUCAAGUAGUCUCACCCCAACCAGCUGCCUCUCCUGCCCCUAAGAAAUCGAGUGAAAUCGUUACAACAAUCAGCCCAAAGAGAUAUAACUGUACAUAUUGUCACUAUGCAACCGAUCGAAGAGAUCUUUUUACUCGCCACGAAAAUAUUCAUAGAGAUGAAAAACCCUUUCAUUGCUAUAUCUGCCAAAAACAGUUCAACAGAGCUGAUCAUGUGAAAAAACAUUUUCUUCGUAUGCAUCGAGAUACUCCUUAUGAUAUAAAUAGGAUACGAAGAACAAUAUCCAAAGAUAGCUCAACCUCAACUAGUACCAUUCAGUACUUUCCAAAGCCACAACCCCGGCCACCUCCAGUUCAGCAAGUCGAGACUGUAGCAGUCCAGAGUAUAAGUAUCCCAGGCUUUGCUCCUCAAAAGACGGAGGAUAAAAAAGCACCAAGAAGGAAACCAGGAGAAAAGCGCUACACUUGCUGUUACUGUUCAUGGUCGGGUGUGGAUAACUGGUGUCUGAAAAGACAUCUCAACACACAUCUUAAGCCUUAUGUUUGCAGUUUGUGCGAAUACAAGGCUGCCCGUUCUGAGCGUUUGGCCACUCAUGUCUUCAAGGUGCACAACAAGAGAGCUUGCUCGAGAUGCAGCUUCCUAGCCGAUGAUCAAGUACAACUAAGUCUUCAUCAGCAACAAAAUCAUCACAUGGAUUUUCCAAGACUUCAUAAUUUUGGAGAAACAGCACGUCACACAAGGAAAAGUUUUCAGAAUAACCUUUCUCAUCAGAAACUACCAGAUCUGGACAACAAUUCCAACUAUUCCGUGUCAAAUUAUUAUCAGAAUGUGGUGAGAACUCCAUCAGAUAUUCCUCCGCUUUUGGAAGCUCAGAAACAAUUUACUUGCAUUCUGUGUGGCAUGCAAACCAGCACUCUGAAUAAAAUGCAACAACAUAUGACAUUCCACUCGGAUUCGGAUACUUUGCCUUCGAUAGAACUUGACGAUUACGGUUUGGAAAUAUUUCCGCUACAGACUAUAAUCCGUGAACAUGUUGAGCCAAGACAGUAUGACUCGUUAAAGGUGUCUCUGUGGAAAAAAUAUGGACGAGCACUGCUCUCUCGAAAGCGACUACACUGUGGACUUUGCUGUAGCAUGAACUUUGACUUUACCUUUCAUCGAAGCAGAAUCAGCCUAGCAAGACAUUACUUGUUGCGACACUCAAGAACCUCCCACAAGUGCUCUCUAUGCUAUCAGCGUUUUAGACACAAGUAUCAAGUUGAUUUGCAUAAAAGAGCGGAUCACAAUGAAAGAAGCAACGUCACAGCUUUGUGAUACAUUAAUUCAACUACAGGAUUUUAAACAUGCUUGUAUUAAAGGUAAUUCCAGUCAUUAUCGAGUAAAUCCAGAUAUUUAAUGGCUUUAAUAUUGUUAAUCAACAAUUCUAAAUUAGAACCAGUGUGUAUAUUUUCAAACCAUUUAAAUCCAUACAAUACAUGUACAUAAUAUAAAUUUCUGAAAUGUUAUAGAAAAUAUAUCAAAUUGUAUCUAACUUUAAAAUAAACACUAUUAUAUUAUUAUUAUUAACAUCCCAGUUUUGUUGUUAGUCAAUACAAGGCUAGUGAGAUUGUAUAGUAUGUUAAUUUUAUGUACAUAUACCUUAAUUUUUAUACGUACUAUUAGUUUUUUUAGAAUGAAUUUUCUAUGAGAAAUAAAUGUUAUACUGUUAAGAAAAAAAUAGUAAUUUCACCUUUCACUGUUAAUAAGUGUACAAUAUCGUUAUAAUAAAAUAACCUUCACUAAAAGUCUAUUAUUUUUAGCAAAAUGUUGUCAGUGAAUAUUUAACUAUGGUAUAUAAACAAUUUCAUAUGUCUAUCGGUUUAGAACUUUUUUAAUUUAUGCUAUACCUUAUUAACUAUGUUAAAUAAAACUUUAUGUUGGAAA